AUGCAGAUCUUGUGCAUAACCUGUGACAAUGCAUCAAACAAUGAUGUUAUGGUUCAAGAACUCAGUGAGAAGAUUCCAGCAUUUAGAGGAGCAACAACACAUACCCAUUGUUUUCUCCACACUGUCAAUCUUGUAGCCAAGUCCCUUAUUCAAGAAUUUGACAUCAAGAAACGUGAUGCUGAUCAAGUGCUUGCCAAAGCAGACAAUGUGGACAAUGAAGAAAGUGAGGAUGAGGAGGAAGUGGAUGAUAGCAACACUGCCGAUGCAGAAUUGAAAGAUAAUGAUGAAGGGUGGGUGAAUGAGGUCGAGCUGUUGGAACCAGAUGAAUGGAAGGUGCUAGAAAGAGAAAUUCAACCCAUGAAGUUAGCCCUUGUGAAGGUAGGUAAAAAAAAACACACUUACCUGAAUACUCAAUAUCUGUGUUUCUAG